CGCCACGGCCGUGCGUUACACUCCGAUCAAUAAAGAUCACGCGAACUACAUUAUAUUACGAAUGUUUUCUCUCGCGAGUUAUGAUUUAAAUUAAUCUUAUGUUUUGUCGCCGUGCGCCCUGUCAACGAACCGGUCGUACGAAGAUCUUCCAUCUUUGGCAGCGGAAGUAGCGGCGGAUGUCCCGGCGAUGGAUAACCCUUCAUACUUUGCGCUGCCGAAUCAGGACAUUCCUGACAGCGCCGAAUCACAUGGAUCGUCGUCGGAGCAGUGCUCCAGGUCGGCCCCAAGCCGGGUUUGGCCAGAAAACGCACGUCCAUUGGGAUCGCCGCGCCGCAGAGAACCAGAGAGUCCGAGACGUAAGGAAUUCAGAGCACUGCUGCGAUCGUUGUCAGCAAGAGAGCCUGAACAAGCAGAAGCUUUCUUAAAAGGCCAACCGCGACCAGGAGACUGUGCCCCUGGUGAUAUGAGACACACGUUUACUGCGCCGAGAAUGAAAAAGGGUAAGAUAAGCACGUCAGUUGCUACACAUGAAGGAAUGCACGAACGCGAAGAAGUGUUUUACACAAUUCCUUUACAAGGGAAAAGAAGACAUUCCGUAGGGGGCUACCUAGCCACCGACGCGGCUGGUACAGGAGAAGUGACUUCUGUUCCUAGUGAAGUGCCACGGAUGCCGCCGCCGCGUUUUAAUCAGAAAGACGACGAUUCUGUUAGAAGAAGGAGGCCGAGAAACUUUUCAUUCAAAGAAAUGGAAGAUAUAGCGAUACUUUGGAGCUCGGGGUCUCCGGAGAGCGCUCUUUGGUCAGAUUACUUGGUUGCCAGCUUCGACAAAAUUAUGUCACAAAGAGCCAGACACCAUUAUAGGGUGACACCAGUGACUGCAGAGGAACUGUUGUCUUCCGAUUCGCAGGAGAAAGUCGAUAAACUGUCAAAAGCGCAACUGCAAAUCGUAAUCCUGUGUCCGAAUUUAGCAACCAAAAUGACUGAUUUGAAAAAAGAUCUGAACGCCGAAAAUGUCUUUAAAACUGAUAAAAUUUUAGUCAUGCUCCUCGGAGUUGAAAAAGGUCAUAUUAUAGCUGAAAAUUGUGAAGAAUAUCCAACAAUAGACCAAUGGCAUAUGAUGUCGGUACGCGAGAAAGACACGUCAUUUGUUGACACCUUUCUGACGGCGGCCGUUGGAAUUUUACGAACUAAAGACUGCAAAGAUACAGCUACAGAUAGAACAAGCUUCUCCAUUGUACCAAAAAAAGUCAAAAUAGGACAGAGUCGCGUGAUAGCGCUCCUUAACGAUCCUAUUCGAGAAGAAGACAGCAUCAAGAUAAUGGUCGAUAAGAAAGGAGAGGUCAUACAAAUACCGACCUUCAAGAAAAGAAACCCGUAUACUUUGCAGUUUGAUAUUCCAGAAUCAUGUUUGGAAGUCUCCAUGUUGGUGUGGGUUCGAGUUAGUAAAAACGGCCAGUCCCUGGGACGACGUCAGAUCAAAUGCGAGAGUCGUUUGCGGGAGCUAGAUCAGUUGCUACGGGCCUCCGAUCAUCCCUUAGAAUUCAUGUGCCAGACGUUAGGAUUCAAAACAACGAGCAAGGAACAACUGGAUAGCUGGAUGCUCAACGCUUUCCAAAAGAAUAUUCCACCACAUUUCAACCUUCUCUCAUCGACGGACCAAUUCAAUCCAAAAGCAGACGUCUCCAGUGGUGAGGAAUAUCCUACUCUGCUGCAUUGGGCGGCUCGUUUCGGGCUGGAGCGUGUUUGCUGGCAGCUGCUAGAAUGUCCCGGGGGAGGAGCCGCCAUCGCGAUGCGGAACGUCCGACAUCGCACUCCCGCCGACUUAGCUCGUGACUUCAAACACUAUCGCCUCGCUGAUAUGCUCUCGGAUCACAUGAAAAUAAGCGAAUUCUCCAACAUGUACUAUUAUCUUAAAAAUAUGUCCGACAACGAAAAACAAGAUAAAACAGAAGAAUUAGAAUCAAAAGAAGAGGACCUUCGAAUUAUUGAGACAUGUGAUACUGUGGACUCGCCUAUCUGCGAAGAUCUUGAACAAGAUGUCAUAGUGUCUCCCCCGGAUCCCUUCAGCGAAACGUGCACGCAAAAUUUAGAAGAAAUUUCUGAUAACUCCGAUGAAUCCGAAAAGCAAUCUAGUGCGUCGUUCAAACUUCCAAAAGUCAAAGAACAACAACUGUACCAAAACGAAUUGCCGUGUCACGACGACACAGCGGACAGGAUCCAACAAGCUAUUGAAAACGAUUACCUCUUCCAGCCAUCAAACAUCAAAGUAGAAAGCCCGAAAUUUAGACCAAAUAACUUAUAUAUGAAUAGUUCCCGUCUCAUGCCGCAACAACCAGAAGUGUUCUUGUACUCACCCACGGAAGAAUCCAAAUCAUUCAACAUUGAAACGCCAACUAGUGAUAUUAGUCAGAUAAAUUUAAGUACCAAAGAUAUAAGGAGCAGUGGUAGUAUUAAAACAAGUAAAGAAAACAGCCCUUUGACCGGCCAAGAGGAAUUAGCGGAAAUAAUAAAUGACUUCAAAAACAACGUUUUUACCAUAUCCGAAGUAGAAAAACUGGUGAUGGAAUGGAAAAACAGAAACGAAACUCAACAAUCGCUGAAAGAAAAACAGGAACAGUUGAACAAGAUGCGGGAAGAAUAUGAUAAAAUUCAACACAGGAUUAAAGAAAACAUGAAAAGACCGACGCCUUUUGAAAGAGUCAAGAAAAUGUUCUCCAAAAACAAGAACAAACAUCACGAGAGCAACACCGGUACUAUUGAAAAACGAAAUGGCAAUACGAGGCCGAACAGUAGCUUGAGCGACAGUUCUUCUUCAUCGGGCCGUCUGAGCACAGUUAGCGGGGGCAGUGCCGCCGAAACGAACAGCGUCCAAUCUGAAAUGGACGACAAAGCCAGAUCGAUCAUUUCAUCGAGUACGCUCACUAUGCAUUCAGCUUGCGACAGCGAGAACAGAAUGGAUGACUACCUGAUCCCACCACCACCGCGACCGCUCAAUGGAUGUCCACAAUUCACCACAUUCGGUCACCCAAAAACCGAUGGUUUAAGGGGCCACAUGGCGACUAUAGUGGAACGAGAGACUUCAGCUUCCCGAGAAACCCUGGACUCCGACAUGGACACGCAUUUACGUUUGAGUUUCGGAUCAAAAGACCGGUCGUCACACUCGAGAUGCGACGACCGCGACGGCGCUCACAUGUAUAUGAAUAUUUCCGUGACACAUACAUAAUAUCAAAUGACGCACUGAAUUCCUCAGUUUAGAGCCCUGUGAGCUCAUCUACUCGUUCGGUUACGCUGGCAUAGCCACCUAAGACUACCUAGCUGAAGUAAAAAAAAAAAAGUACUGAAUUCAUAAC